UCGGGGCUAUCUAGCUAGAUUAACGUCGUGUACAUCAGUUGUAGGCUCAUCGCUGUUACGUUCGUGUCAUCGAGUAAUCGCAACUUCUGACAGUUCUAAAUAUCAUUUUUGCGAUGAAGAACUUGUACAUAAUUUUUACAACUAUCAUAGGUUUAUACGAAGUAACUGCGUCUGAUGAUUGGUCAUAUUCGGGCGAUCAUGGCCCGGAACAUUGGCCAGGCCUGUGCACGACUGGAAAGAGGCAAUCGCCGAUAAAUAUUGCCACCGAAGAUAUCGUUAAAACUGAUCUUGGUCCACUUAAAUUCAUAAGAUACAAUACUGGAUUCAACGGCAAAAUCACGAACAAUGGCCAUUCCGUACAAGUUCGAUUGUACGGUGCACCAAUUCAUCUCGAAGGAGCAAAUCUUCCAUCCAUAUAUAUUUUGGAGCAAUUACACUUCCACUGGCCCGCCGAACACACCAUAAAUGGCAUCCGUGACGCAUUAGAAUUACAUUUUGUUCAUUAUGACGAACAAUAUGGCAACGCGAAUAUGGCAUCACAACAUAAAAAUGGCAUUGCCGUAGUUGCUACCUUAUUCGAGUUAAAUAGCGAUGACAAUUUGGAUAUAAUGCCAAUUUUGGAAGCAGUGGAAUUAGUAUCUAACGCAGUGGGAAAAACUACUGCCUUGAUGGGAACAAAGAUUAUUCCUUACCGCUUUUUACCAAAAGAUCAUACGACGUAUUACCAUUAUGACGGAUCGUUAACUACUCCUGGAUGCCAGGAAAUUGUCAUGUGGUAUAUCCUUGCCGAAAAACUUACGUUAUCAGAGCAGCAGUUGAACAUCUUUAGAAACGUUGGAACAAACAACGGUACACUGAUCUUCAAUCACAGACCAACGCAGAGUGUCGGAGACAGGACAGUUUAUCAUCAUUUGGACGGAUAUUCUUCCGCGACAACCAAUUUGAGCAAUUUACUGAACGUGUGCUUUAGUCUCUUGCUAACCAAAUUGUUAUAUUUCAAAUAAUUCCAAUUAACUUCACCUGUGAAUUUAGAAUUAUCUGAUCGCAUAAAACGCGAUCGAUAUACCGUUGACAGACAUUCAGCGAUUCGAGAAAUCUCAAUUGUACCGUGCAUAAUAAUGGGAUAAUAUUUUUCAUGGUUAUGAUAUAUCGAAGGAUUAUAAUUGUAAGAGAGAUAAAUGCAGUUACAGUAGCUCGUGAAAGCAAACACCUCUAGAAAAACUUUCGACGAAUACAGAGCGUAAGAGAACAUGUGGGACCCACUUCGGGCGCUGAUUGCACUUCAUCCUUCGCACAUAGCAAUAAUGAGAGGGGGCAAGAUAGGGGAGAGGAGAGUUCGGAUGAAGCGAAGGAGGAGGAAGAUGAAUUAAGAGGUAGAAAAACAAAUAAGGAAACUGGUUCGUACGAGUACUAUUAUGCGUUUCCAUAAUGAUUCAUGACUGUUCACAAGUAACACAAGAUUUGGUUCUAAAGUGGUCCGUCUGAUUUAAUCCUAAAUGUACGGUAACUUUUAUAUGGAUUUCCGGAAUGCUUUCAUAUUUUAUCAUUAUAAUCGCGACUGUUGCGUCUCAUUAUAGUGCUGAAAUUUCAAAAUGUUUCGUAUAAUGCACGUAAUAUAUUCGUAACAAAGUUAUAUCGUAAGUGUUCGAAUACUUUCGUGAGUCAUUGUACAUACAUGUAUGUGUAAACACAACGUGUACACGAGUAAGAUUCAGCGACAUAUAACAAUAAAUGAAAUAUACGCGUCGGUGAAGCAAGCCAUUAUAUGUGUAGAGCAUAUGAGAAUGAACAAUACAACCGGUUGUAUAUAUAAUUUGUGACGUGAUAAACGACAUGUGUACAUAAUGUAUAUCUUUGUAAAUGAUUUUACGUUUAACGAAAAA